CGCUCCCGCCCCAGCCGCGGCCCGCCGAGCCCGCGGGCAACCGAGCCGCCAGCGACGCCCGCACAGCCGCGGGGGCCCGGGCGGGGGGCCAUGCCGUGCCGGAGGGAGGAGGAGGAGGAAGCCGGCGACGAGGCGGAGGGGGAGGACGACGACGACAGCUUCCUCCUGCUGCAGCAGUCGGUGACUCUGGGCGGCUCGGCCGACGUGGACCGGCUCAUCGCCCAGAUCGGCGAGACGCUGCAGCUGGACUCGGCGCACGACGGCCCGGCCUCACCGUGUGCUGCCCCGGGUCCCCCGGCCCCGCCUCCGCCCCCGCGGGUCCUGGCGACGCUGCCGGCGGACAAGGCCGGGGCCCCGGCGAGGCGUCUGUUGCGGCCGGCCGCGCCUGCGGAGGCCGGGGACCCGGCGCCCCCGGGGGCCGUGCGCUGCGUGCUGGGAGAGCGUGGGCGCGUGCGGGGCCGGGCGGCUCCAUACUGCGUGGCGGAGCUCGCCGCGGGCUCCAGCACGCUGCCCGGGCCCGGGCGGCGGGGGUGGCUCCCGGGUGCCGUGGCAUCUCGGCGAAUCCAACAGCGGCGGUGGGCCCCAGGCGGAGCGCGUGCUGGCGACGACGACCCGCACCGGCUCCUGCAGCAGCUCGUGCUCUCGGGAAACCUCAUCAAGGAGGCGGUGCGCAGGCUCCAGCGAGCGGUUGCCGCGGUCGCAGCCACGAGCCCCGCGAGCGCCCCGGGGUCCGUGGGUGGCCGAAGCGGACCGGACUCAGUCACCCUGCAGUCCUCGGACGCCUGGCUCUGACCCGGGGUUCCCGGAGAAGGAAGACGACGCGGCUACUCCGAUCCAACAGUGUUUUGCUCCGGACAGUCCGGAGCUAAAGCCGUCGUCCGUUCCACGGGCUACAGCCCCAAAGUUACCGG